AUGGGUGGUAAAAGGAUCAAAAAAGACAAGCGGCAGAAGCGCGAAGACUACCGCGCGGCGAUGAAGCGAGAUGACAUCUCAGAACUCCCAAGGAAGAAGUUCUACCGCCAGCGGGCUCAUGCCAACCCGUUCUCAGACCACCAAUUGAUCUACCCCCCACACCCUGAUCAAAUGGACUGGUCGUCCCUUUACCCCCACUACAUUGUCGAAAACAAGCCCCAGAACCAAAAGGAUCAGCCACCACCAUCACAGCCAUCAUCACAAACCGUUUCUGGCGAAAGCCCGGUAUACUCAGACAAUGACUCCACACCCGAACCACCGGCGCUUAGAAGGAUAUCCAAGGACGUCGAGGUCGCCGACAUAGGCUGCGGUUUUGGAGGGUUGCUUAUAGCUCUAGCCCCAACCAUGCCCGACACAUUAAUCCUAGGUCUCGAGAUCCGAGUGUCAGUCACCCAAUUCGUCGAGGAUCGCAUCAAGGCGCUGCGGGCGCAAAGCCUGGCCCAGAGCGAAACCGAAGGGGGUGAUGCUGCUCCAGCAGGACUGUACCGCAACGUGGGCGUGCUGCGCGCCAACACGAUGAAGUUCCUGCCCAACUUCUUCCGCAAGGCACAGUUGUCCAAGGUCUUCAUCUGUUUCCCCGAUCCCCACUUCAAGGCGCGUAAGCACAAGCAGCGGAUUGUCUCGGCUACCCUGGCGUCUGAGUAUGCGUACGUGUUGCGGGCGGGGGGUAUUGUGUAUACCAUUACUGAUGUGCCGGAUCUGCACGAGUGGAUGGUUCAGCACUUUGAUGCGCACCCAUCGUUUGAGCGCGUUGGGGAGGUUGAGCAGGAGGCGGAUCCGUGUGUAGGGAUUAUGCGGACAGAGACGGAGGAAGGGAAGAAGGUGGAAAGGCAUAAGGGGGCGAAGCACGUCGCGCUGUUUCGCAGGUUGGAGGACCCUGAAUGGUGA